AUGUCGCUCCCACAACGAUCCGCAUCCAGCAGGGCAAGCGUCCUGACAGAUGGCAUGGAGAAGCCAUUGCUGGAUAACCGCACAUACCGCGUGGUACGACUAGCGAAUGACCUCGAAGCGCUGCUGAUCCAUGACCCGGACACGGACAAGGCGAGUGCGGCCAUGGAUGUCAACAUCGGUAGCUUCAGCGACGCCGACGACAUGCCUGGUAUGGCGCAUGCUGUCGAGCAUUUGCUGUUCAUGGGAACCGAAAAGUUUCCCGUCGAGAACGAAUACAACCAGUACCUGCAACGAUACGGCGGCUACUCGAAUGCUUUCACCGCCUCAUGCGACACAAACUACUACUUUGAGCUUUCCGCCUCGUCUACUGCCACCAGCCAGCAGUCGUCGCUCAGCAGCAAGGAGAACCUCCCUGUCGAAAAGUCGCAAGCCCCGCUCUACGGGGCCCUCGACCGCUUUGCCCAGUUCUUCAUCCACCCCCUGUUCCUGGAAGAUACUUUGGACCGUGAGUUGCGUGCUGUCGACUCGGAAAACAAGAAGAACUUGCAGGCCGACAACUGGCGUCUGCAUCAACUGAACAAGAGUCUGUCCAACAAGAAACACCCCUUCAACAAGUUCUCCACCGGCAAUUACAAGGUUCUGCACGACGACCCAAUUGCUCGUGGCGUCAAGAUUCGUGAUGAGUUCAUCAACUUCUACCGCGCGAAUUACUCGGCAAACCGUAUGAAGCUUGCUGUUCUUGGUCGUGAGAAUCUCGAUGAGUUGGAGUCAUGGGUAACCGAGCUCUUCUCAGACGUCCCCAACCAGAACCUUCCCAAGUUGCGCUGGGAUGAUGUUCCCGCUAUGACUGAAGCCGAGCUGGGCACCCAAAUCUUUGUUAAGCCUGUUAUGGACAUGCGCUUACUUGACAUGCACUUUGUCUACGCCGACGAGGAGGACUUGUGGGAGUCUCAACCUGCCAAGUAUCUCAGUCAUCUCAUCGGUCACGAAGGUCCCGGUUCUAUCCUCGCAUACAUCAAGGCAAAAGGCUGGGCUAACGGCCUGGGCGCUGGACCCAUGAACAUUUGCCCCGGAACUUCUCACUUCUCCAUCUCCAUUCGCCUCACUGAGGACGGUCUCAAGAACUACCAAGAAGUCAUCAAGGCCGUCUUCCAAUACCUCGCCAUGGUCAAAGAGCAGCCGCCACAAGAAUGGAUCGUUGACGAGAUGGCCAAGCUUGCAGAUGUCGACUUCCGCUUCCGCCAAAAGAUUCCCGCAAGUCGUACUGUCAGCGCUCUCAGUGGUGUCAUGCAAAAGUCUUUCCCCCGUGACAAGUUGUUGAGUGCUCAAUCUUUGAUUUGGAAAUUCGACUCCGACGCCAUCAAGCGUGGUCUUGACUACCUUAGACCUGAUAAUUUCCGCAUCACUCUCGUGUCUCAAGAGUAUCCUGGUAACUGGGAUCAGAAGGAGCACUGGUACGGCACAGAAUACAAGUACGAGAAGAUGCCUUCUCAGUUCAUGAAGGAUCUGGAGGCAACCAGCCAGGCCUCAUCCUCACAGCGUCCAUCGGAAUUGCACAUGCCUGCGAAGAACGAAUUUGUACCCUCUCGUCUCGACGUCGAGGUCAAAGAGGUUGAGAAGCCGUCUCUCGCCCCAAAGCUGAUUCGCAACGAUGUGAACGUUCGUACUUGGUGGAAGAAAGAUGACCAGUUCUGGGCACCAAAGGCAAACAUCAAGGUCUUCUUCAGAUCCCCAUUGGUCAGCAUGUCUGCUCUCACAACUGUCACUACUCAAUUGUACAAGGACUUGGUUGAGGAUUCUCUGACCGAAUACUCUUAUGAUGCAGAGCUUGCCGGCCUCGAGUAUGAGCUCCAGAACCACGCUCAGGGCUUCGACGUCAACAUCAGCGGCUACAACGACAAGAUGGCUGUUCUUCUUGAGAAAGUCUUGAUUGGUAUGCGCGAUCUGGAAGUCAAGGACGAUCGCUUCGAGAUCAUCAAGGACCGUACACUUCGAGGUUGGCGUAAUUUCGCCUACCAGCAGCCAUUCCAUCAGAUCAGCACUUACAGCAGAUGGCUGGUAGCCGAGAAGGGAUUCAUUGUUGACCAACUGCUGGAAGAGCUCGAUCAAGUUACUGCUGACGACAUCCGCAAGUUCUUCCCGCAGGUACUCCACCAGAUGCACAUUGAAGUCCUGGCCCAUGGCAAUCUCUACCGUGAAGAUACUCUCAAGAUGACUGAUCUGAUUGAGUCCAUCUUGAAACCUAAGCAACUUCCUGCUAGUCAAUGGCCUCUUCGUCGCUCGAUCGUUCCCCCUCAAGGUAGCAACUUCGUCUACGAGCGUACCCUCAAGGAUCCUGAGAACGUCAAUCACUGUAUCGACUAUCAACUGUUCACAGGUCUUCUGACCGACCGCGCGAACCGUGCCAAGCUUCUUUUGUUCGCCCAAAUGUCAGACGAAGGUUGCUUUGAUACACUUCGCUCCAAGGAACAGCUUGGAUACGUGGUUCAGUCUAUGCCUUUGAUGCUCACUGCCAUUUCAGGUUGGCGUGUUCUGAUCCAAUCCGAGAGGUCACCCGAAUAUCUUGAGAAGCGUAUCGAUGUCUUCCUCAACACAUUCGGUGACAACUUGAGGAACAAGAUGAAGGAUGAGGAGCUUGAGUCGCACAAGACUGCUUUGAUCAACAAGCGGUUGGAGAAGAUGAAGAAUCUCAAUCAGGAGAGCGGUCGUUUCUGGCACCACGUUACCAGUGAGGCCUUUGACUUUGAGCUUGUCCACCGUGACGUCGAGCACAUCGAGCCUAUCACCAAGCAAGACAUGAUUGACUUCUUCGACACUUACAUCGACCCCGCUUCAAAGACGCGUGCAAAGAUCUCGACCCAUCUCCUUGCUCAAGGAAAAUCGUCUGAUGCCGAGAGCAGCAAGUCUUCAUCAGAGCAGACAACCGAGACUCCAGCCGCCAAAGAGGAGACUGCUAGUACCACCAGCUCUGAGCUCCGAGUCGAGGAACAGAAGAAGGAAGUCGGCACUGCCAUCAGAAUCGAAGAUGUCAGAAGCUUCAAGGCUAGUAUGCCUCUGUCCGAGGCUAUGAGACCUGUCAAGGAUGUGGCCGAGUUUGAGGACCUAGGCGCCAAGCUCUAG